AGAUAUUGGUUACUUUCAGGGACAUUCUAGCGGUGCUCAUUUGUCUGCGCUUGUUACUGUUUUGGAUGCUUUAUGCCCAUUGGUCGGUAAUAAAUGGAAGAAAUCCCUUAAGCCUAAAUCUAUAGAUCCCACCUUGAAUAUGCCAAAAGUUGCUGGAUUAAUUUUGAUGUCUGGUAUAUUUGAUAUACAGCAGCAUUACUAUUGGGAGAGCAAGCGCGGUCUUGAAGAGGUUUCCGGAAUGGCUCGCGCUAUGGGUAAAGAUGUAAUGAGUAUCUAUUCAUUGUAUUCCAUCAAUUUUACAAAAGCCUUUGCUCGUAUUUCUCAG